UAUUUAUUUAUUACUUUCAUGUUUCAAUUUUCCUUUGCAUCAUUUUUCUUAUUUUUUAUUUUUAUUCCAUUAAAUUAUAUAUUUUUCAUGUCCAUCUAUUUUUAGUUUUUUUGUAUAAAUUCAUUGGGAUGGUGAGAAGAGAGCAGGAGAAGAUAUAUAAAUUUUAGGGGAUUGGCGUGAAUUCAUGAGAGACAGCCUGAGAUUUAUUACUUUUUCUUGUGCAUGAAUCAGGAUUCAGAAUGAUGAUAAUUUUCUCUAUAUAAUUAUUUAUUUUUGUCACAUCGUCAAGCAAAUCAAGCAAUGAUAGGAUGGGGAGACGUGUGGAAGGUGGUCGAGGCGAUGACGCCGUUGUACGUAGCGUUGAUUUUGGGAUACGGGUCGGUGAAAUGGUGGCGAAUAUUGCGCGUGGAGGUGUGCGAGGCCAUCAACCAUCUAGUGUUUUACUUCACUUACCCAUUGUUUGUGUUCGAGUUCGCCGCUCACGUGAACCCUUACACCAUGAACUACCCAUUGAUGGCCGCCGAUGUGGUUUCGAAGGUCAUAAUAGUGGCGGCGCUGGCGUGCUGGGCCAAGUGGUGCCCCCACGGGAGCUACUCGUGGUCGAUAACCAGCUUCUCUCUCACCACUCUCACCAACUCUCUUGUGGUUGGGGUUCCCUUUCUCCAGCCCAUGUACGGACAGGUGGGAGUCAACCUAGUCGUUCAAUCCUCGGUGUUUCAGGCCCUUGUUUGGACCACCAUCCUCUUGUUCAUCUUCGAACUCAGGGAUCUGCGGCGCCCUUCUCCCGCUCCUACUGAUACUUAUCAUGAUUUGGAAAACCAUCCCACCACUGAUGCACUUGCAGAGGAGAUUAUCGCGCCACCGCUAUCUUUGCGUAAGUUGAUCAAAAAGGUCGCCCUCAAAAUCGCCAAGAAUCCAAACUUCUACGCUUGUAUUCUCGGUCUUACUUGGGCCUUUUUAUCGAACAGAUGGCAUUUUAGCAUGCCGAGCAUCAUGGAAGAAUCCAUUCUGAUCUUGUCGAGAGCUGGUACUGGCACGACAAUGUUCAACAUGGGGUUGUUCAUGGCGUCUCAAGAAAAAGUGCUAGCAUGUGGAGCAAAGCUCACGAUAAUUGGGAUGGCGCUAAAAUUCAUUGCUGAUCCGGUGGCCAUGGCUCUAGCUUCAUUUGCUGUUGGUUUGCGUGGAGAAGUCUUGCGUGUCGCUAUCAUCCAGGCAGCAUUGCCGCAAUCCAUCAACUCCUUCAUCUUUGCCAAAGAAUAUGGAUUACGUGCAGAUGUUUUCAGCACUGCGGUUAUCUUCGGCAUGAUUGCAUCUCUACCGGUGUUAAUAGGUUAUUCUGCAAUAUUGGGAUUAGUACAUUGACGAUGGUGGCCGAGAAAGCUGACAUGUUAUUCUUUUUAUUUAUCACUCUGAAUUUUU